AUUCCUUUCGCGGAAGCGGAACACGUUACAGCUUGAAAAUUAAACAGUUUGUAACCGACGUCUCUGGCGCCCAAUGGGAAUGAGCGAGGUCGGGGCGACGUUGUGAGCUGAACAAAGUGCGACCAAUGAGCGGGCGCUGCUGAGGUGUGGAAGAGCAAGCUUGUAAGAAUCAGGAAUUGUAACUGUGAUUUUUUUUUUUAUUUUUUUUUGCUAGAACAUGGGCAGCACUGCACUCUGAGAAGCUGAAACCUCUUUUUUUCUGCACUCUCUGGGUGUGUUUUUUUGUUUUUGUUUUUUGUUUCUCCACUUUUGGGUAUCUAACUUGCUAUUGAAGGCCCGUCAUGAGCUCUGCGCAGAGGAAACGUAAAGGACCGGAAUCGGGCAAAUCGAAAACUUUGCACAAAAGGAAGAGAGGUGCGAAUACCGCCAGCACAAUGGCGACCGUGACGGAACCCAUAGAACUAGAGGAAAGCGGAGAAGAAGUAGUUGAUCUGACCUGCGAAUCUUAUGAACCGGUGGUAGUGGAUUUAACGCACAAUGAUUCUGUGGUUAUUGUCGAAGAACACCAGAGUCAGAGUGAGAACUCUUCCCGAUCAGUCACACAGGCAGCCAGCUGUAUAUUAAGCAGUGACGAUGAGGACUUGAAAGAUGCAGAAACGCUUGUGUUUGGCGGUAGAUCCCGGGAAACCCCAUCCACAGGCUCACGAUCAUCUGCCGGGGAUGUUCGUUGUCCAAUUUGUUUAGAUGGCUAUUCAGAGAUCACACAGAGUGGGCGUCUUAUUGUCUCUACCAAAUGCGGCCAUAUUUUCUGCAGCCAGUGCCUACGUGAUGCCCUUAAGAAUGCUACGUCAUGUCCAACAUGUAGAAAGAAACUGACCCACAAACAGUAUCACCCGAUCUACAUAUGAUCCGCUCAGGAAGGCGCACCUACUUAUACAAUACCCCUUGCCAUCGUCCACCCGAACGCCAUGACUCUCGCCACGUUUAGAGAUAAUUGCAUCAAAGCUGGUGAGACAAUGGCAGAACGUUUGGAUGUUGUGCUGUGGGACACAUUCAUUUACCAUUGCGGUUUUUCACCCAUUGUUCCUGCUUUGACGCCAGUGACUCAGAAUGGACGUUGUGCGAAAAUGAACUUUUAAGGGCUUUUCUUUGACCAGAGGAAUUUACAAUCCUAUCUCGCCUAUAUAAAGAGCACUUCGGGCAAUUAUAUUUUUAUUUUACUCCCAUGAAUUCUUGGCAGUCGGGACAUUCAGCUCUCUUGACUGCAUCUGAUUCUCCACAACUGCCGAGGUCCUCCAGAGGUUCUUCUUUCCUUGAAGACCUUUCAACAACUUGUCUGCCCCUGGUUGUAGGUGCUGGUGUUGCAGUGGCAUCACCAUACUUGCAAAUACAUUUUUAACAAUAGAAAGAGGUUUAUGCUGCCCAGCGAUGUACUUUCUUGAGGUAUAAUUAAAUUUACAGGAAAUGUGCCGAAACUAAUGGGAAUACCUUCGUUUUUUCUUUUUUUUUCUUUUCUGCGUUUCCCACCUGAUUGCAUUUAAGUGUGUUGACUUAAAAUAAUAAUUAACGUGAAAGCUCUGUAUUAAAUUUCUUUUAUGAUACUUUGUUAAAUACUAAAAAUUAUUAAAUGUCUAUCUGUCUUGUUAAUAGCUAUCCUUCUGUUUGUGCAAACAGUUGACAAAAAAAUAUGUAAUUUGAGGAACAAGUUACACUGAAAGUUUAAAAGAAAUCUCAAUUUUUUUAUCCUAGUCUCCAUAAGAUGUGUGUUCUUUUUGUUGCUUUUGUAGAACCAGUACAACUCUCAAUUUCUCUUACACAAAUUCAAUUUCUUUUAAAAUGCCUCAUUUGUUAAAGCUCACCCAUGUCGUGGGCUUAAAUGUAUAGAUGUGCGGACCAGGUACUUAACAGAGGCACCGACUACCUUAUGCCUCAGUGCUAUAAUAGGCUCCUAAUAAUUUCACAGGGGAAUAUUGAAUUAACCACAAAGGUUCUGUUGUGGGCAUAUCUGUUAUUACAGUAGGAAGAUCUCGUUUUAUUCUUUUAUUGCACCUCUAGUAAUCACAGGUGUGUGAUUGAAUCCUCGAAACUAAUUGAAACUGCCCCAUAUAUUGAAUUCUCCUUUUGGUUUAACCGUCAACAUGAAUGUUACACUGUUUUCUACAAAGGGAAUAAUCAUUUUCUCUCCUUUCAGAGCUGAGACUUAUUUAGUUCUUCGGCAGUCGUAUUUAUUUUAUUUUAAUUUUUUUUUCGAUGUUUAUUUCAACUUUCAGUUUAUUAGCUUUUCUGUAAUUGUUGUAUACAAAAUCAAACUAUAUUAUCCCCUUAUCCAUUGAACUUUGUUUUUGGUUGGCGGUGUCCACUGUUGUUAUACUUAGUUUAUAAACUAUCUGCUGCUGGACAAUGUACAUAUCCUGGAGUGGUUCUGCCGCAAUGUUUUGUUAUGUGGCAAAAAAAUAAUAAUAGUACAUCUAUUAAAGGAUCAUUUUGUUUUUUUUGUAA